AAAAGAUAAACUGGCGGGAAAUUACACCAUUUAUCAACGCAUUGUAUCUUUGCAUUGCACGUUUCAUUUCAUACUGUUAAACCUUUCAACCGUUUUAGGAAAAACAUCAUGCCUGCUACGGCACUUAUACUAAAAUACUUAAGAGUAAUACCUGAAGCUUCGGCACCUUCAAAAGAAUCAACUAAAGCGGCAGGCUUUGAUUUACGAAGUGCAUAUGAUUACGUCGUGCCUCCCCAAGGAAAGGAAAUUAUAGAUACGGGAUUAAAAAUUCAGCUUCCUGAAGGAUGUUAUGGAAGAAUAGCACCAAGAUCUGGACUAGCAGCAAAAAAUUUUAUCGACGUCGGUGCGGGAGUUGUAGACGAAGAUUACCGCGGAAUUCUGAAAGUAGUCCUGUUCAAUCAUUCACAAAUCCCGUUUUCAGUGAAAAAAGGAGAUCGAAUUGCCCAAUUGAUUUGCGAACGUAUUUAUUACCCAGAACUUGAAGAAGUGCAGGAACUGUCUGAACUGUCAAAAACUAAACGUGGCGAAGGCGGUCUAGGUUCAACUGGUAUAAAUUAAAUUUUGUUUUUCGUAUUAAAUGUACUUAAAGUAUUAUUUCCAUGUAAAAUAAUAUGGGUAUAUUUUCUUUUUAAUAAUGAAUAAAGUACUUGUAAAGCCUC